AUGAACAAAUUAAAUCGAAGUCGAGAUGCAUCGUUAGAAAACAUCCAUGAACAGUUACCGAUCGAAUCGGAAGAUAAACAAAAAUCAACAUACAAUAAAACAGCUGAUGUCGAUGAUCCACCCUUCAGCCGACUAUUUUUACUUAUUCCUAAGGCGAUGUCAGAAGAUGAACUACGACAAGCUUUUCAAAUUCAUGGAACUAUUCAAGACAUUCACAUGGUACGAGAUCGACGAAACCAAGAAAGCAAAGGUAUUGCUUAUAUUAAAUAUGAAAAAGCUUCAGCAGCAGCUCAUGCAAUGGAAGAAAUGGAUGGAACUGUUAUUUCGCCACAUGCACGUCCGUUGAAAGCUAUCAUAUCCAGUUCACGUCGGGAAGGUAGUGUUCGUGAUCCUGAUGAACACGAAAAGAUGUUACGCUUAUUUGUGGUGAUAGCAAAACAUAUGACGAAAGAAGAUUUACGUAAAGUGUUUCAGAAAUAUGGUACAAUCAUUUACAUUAAAAUUAUUGUCGAUAAGUUAACAGGUGAAAAUAAAGGAUUUGCCUACAUUUCAUUUUCAAAAGCGUCCGAAGCCGCCUAUGCACUUGAAGAAUGUGAUCCAAGUUACAAACCAAAAUUUGCUCAACCGUUUUCUUCCAAACGCCAUCGAGAUACAGAAGAGAUCUCAUCCUCCUAUGGUGCUUUAUCUCCUCCGUAUCGUCAGAAAGCUUCAGCUACUAAACAACACCCAACUGAUCGUCGACCUUCACCUCCGCCUCGACUUCCGUCGUGGUCAAGCCAGACAAUUACAUCCACAUCGUAUCACCUACUUGACAGCAACACGGAAUGUCGUCUGAUAGUUCGUUGUGGAAAAACAGUAACAGAAUAUCAUGUAUCGAAAUUAUUCGAUCUCGUACCACAUAUGGAAGAAUGCUCAGCGUUGAAUUUCAAUACAUUUAAUGAGCGUUAUUUUCUUGUUCGGUAUAAAUCAUGUCAAUUUGCCACAUACGCACGAGAGAAGUUGCAUGCAUUUCAAUUUCCUGAUGGAGAGAUCCUAUCUGUUCAAUACUACAAUGCAAAAAUUAUCAAUGAUUUGAUACAGAAAUUCCAGAAUGGAAAGUAUGGCGAUACAUCAGGAAUAGGACAGUUAAUUCAUCAGAUGAGUAACCUACAAGGUAGUCAAGAGCAAACAGUUGAUUUUUGUAACAUUCCUUUGCCGCCAAAAAAGAAAUAUGCCUCAUUUGAUGCUCCUGUUGCGAAAACUUUGCAAAUUAAAGCUCAACGUUCACUAUCCGAAAAUUAUAUCCGUGAUGUAUUCAACCGUUUUGGAAACUUAAUUGACAUCCAGAUGGUCAAUCCUCAAUUGUGUUACGUUAUGUACACUGAUGAAUGCAGUGCUGACACAGCUAUGGAAACGAUGAACGGACAAGAAAUCGCCUUAGUGCGCAUACGUAUUACUGAAGGUGACCAUUUUGUUGAUUCAACAACAGCAGCAUCCGUAGUUCAUCGGAAACGACAAAAAGUACUAUUGACUACUCUUUUUCUCCUCUCCUACUAUUUAUCAAUCUUAUUUACAUGCAUGUUUAGUCUGUAUUUCUGA